UUUUGUGUGUACGGAAAUGCCGUCUUCUGCUGAAAGGAGUAGAGCUUUUAAAAGCGUUUAUGACUAUGGGGGAGACGUGUUCGUAAGUGAACCUUAAAUCAGCAACUUUGAGGGCCCUAUCGAUUGUAGCAGUAGAUGAUGAUAUUAACUGCUAGCCAGAUGACGUAAAUAGUAAAAUCCAGUCUUUCUACCUAGGCAGCUAAAUAUCCUCUUAUUAGUCGAUCAUAGCUAACUACCGAAAAUUGUUAAAGGUUACAGGUGGCUUCUCGUGCACAAUAAUAUAUAAUGUACUAAAAUAAACAUCCUAAGAGGCGAUCUUCUGGAAUGCAUUUCUCUAAAAAAUGCUCCGUGUUUAAAGUGGUGCUCAGUGCUCUGCUGAUUGUAGCGCUCCUGCAGUUAAUCUACCUGUCCUUCCUAUCAAAGCUGCACGGCAAACAGCAGCGCUACAGGUAUACGGAGUUAUUUGGCAAGAGAAAUGCGUACCAGGGAGAGAAAAACACAAGGAAAGAGCGUCUCAAGUACUCUCUGUCCUCUGGGGGCAUUUUUGAUAACAGUGGACAGUAUCGUAUAUAUAAGAACUUAAUCAAAAGUGACUAUUCGACGAAUCAGAAGUCCGUUGUUGAUGCCAGGUCAAAUCGGAUAGCGCUGGCCACGCAUACGUCCAUCAACAACCUCUAUCACCUAGACUCGCUGCUAGAACGCUGGCAAAAUCCUCUCUCAGUUGCGAUAUUCGUGCACGGACAGGAUGUUAAGUUUGCCACUGCAUUUGUCUAUGCCCUUAGCAUUUUUUGUCCAAAUGUACAAGAGCUGGUGGACUUCCACCUUGUGUGCCACUCUGGAGAAACGGCCAGUUUCCCGGAAAAGGACAGAGAGCAGUUUGCAGGGUUGGAAGACUGCAGAGGAGUAUUUGCUAAACUUGAGUCACACAGGAACAAAUACCAGAACUAUGCUAUCGGUGGCAACAUCUCGUAUCCCAACAAUCUGCUACGCAACGUGGCGCGAGGGGGUACAGAAGCCGCUUACAUCCUGGUCAUCGAUAUAGACAUGGUGCCCAGUGCUGACCUCCAUCAGCAGUUUGCCGGCAUGCUGGAUAGACGUGAACCUGUGCCUGAUGAGGUCUUCGUCCUGCCGGCUUUUGAGAUUCGGCACACCCGCAAGAUCCCCGCCUCCAAGUCAGAACUAGUACAGCUGUACCAGGUGGGUGAGGUGCGGCCCUUCUACGAAGAGCUAUGCCCCCGGUGCCAGGCCCCCACCAACUACUCCCUGUGGGUAAACUUGAACGGGCCUGUGCCAGGGCAGUUAGAUGUUGCCUACACCCUCAACUGGGUGGACCCCUGGGAACCUUUCUACAUUGGACCACGUGCCGUGCCUCUGUAUGAUGAGAGCUUUCGGCAGUAUGGCUUCAACCGCAUCAGUCAGGCCUGUGAGCUCCAUGUGGGUGGUUACAAGUUCUCAGUGCUCAGCUCUGCUUUCUUGGUGCACCGCGGCUUCAAGGUGAUGGGCGACUUCCACAAGCACAAGGAUGAGGAGAACCGCCGCAACCGUCUGCUGUUCCGAAGCUUUAAGGAGGGGCUCAAGACCAAAUACCCAGCCUCCAACCGUCGCUGCUGAGGGCCCCUUUAAGUAUUUCAGACAUUUCGGCAGCUGGCUUUCCUAUAGAGUCCCAUCAAACUGAACAUGCUCGGUGGGGUCUGUACACUUUGGUGACUUAACCAUCAUCAGUCCGGUCCUGCUUACUAUAACGAGGUCUCAUGCAAUCAUGACAUGUAGACAGUAUGUACAAAAGGUUGGGUAAAUGCUCUAGAUAAAGCCUGAGAGAGUUAAACUCUUGUGAACUGUGCUUAUUCAAGGUGAAUCAUUGAACACUAAUAUUACUGCUGUUUAACAAAUUUUAUAGUUUUUUUUUGUGUAGUAAUGUGUGCUUAUUUUAGUAAUGUAUGCUUUUUCUCAUCUUGGACCGUAGAGUUCUGAUGGGUCCUCUGAACCUGUGCCUGUUUUAGUGGGCAUCGUCUCUCACCUACUACUUACUGUACAUGGCCCUUGAAUGUUGUUCAGUGGUCAUGUAGAGACCCAAGUGCAUCAGUUCUGUAGUAACCUCACUCUCAGAUUGUAAACACUGUUGUAUACGACUGGGUAUCUCGGUGCCUAUAUACAGAGAUAGGUAGUGCCCAGAAUGAACUACAGAAAAAAAGUGAUGGGAGAAAUGUUAUCUUAUUAGGAAACUUGAACUUUGAACCUCAGCGAUUGGUGUUCUUGUAUGCAGAAGAAUUGCAUUAAGCCUUGGAAAUAAGCCACUUUUUCCUAUGGUUAAUAAUGGUAUAAUGUUGAUCUACCUAUGAUCAAAAACACUACUUGUUUUACAUAUAAUACUGCAUUUAGAGAAUAUAUGCAUACAUAUGUAUAUAUCUAUUUGUGCUGGUAACUGUGAUGUUGGAACUAGUGAGGUAUAGGACCUGCUGUGCUGUUACAAACUGAAACAUUAAGCAAACUUCUAUAACUGCUAUUCCCGUCAGGACUUAUUUAUUUGUAAAUGUCAGUCUGAGGGAAUAGUAUGCUAUUGAAAUUUCUGUAGUUCGUCUGUGUUGUUUUUGUCAUGUGAUGUGGCAUUACGGCUGAUAGUGGAUAAGUGAAGGUUGGAUGAUUGCACUCCGUUACCUUUCAGUUACAUCAUUGUUCUAGUUGCAGUUGCAACAAUGGUUGCCAUUGAUUUCUAGGAUUCUUGACUCAUAGACACUUUGAUCUGCAGUUAGUAGAAUCAGCUGUGUCCUUCAGAAAUGGUCAAGCUGUUUGGCUCCUGUCACCAGCCUUGGCCUGCGAAUGUUUAUUCAUAAAUCAGAUAUGCUUGUUCUAGACAGAAUCUUAUGUGUGAUCUGACUGGUAGUAGACUCUGUAAAAGGGUACUUCAUAAUUUAUCAUGAUUAUUCAAGACAAGAACAUGAUAAUGCAAGUUCUCUAUUGUGAACCAGUGACAUCAGUCUUUACUGUGAUGCAGUGAUUUCCAGUCCUCUAGCUAUAGUGUCAUAUAGCCAUAUCUGUUGUUACUCUGCCUGGCACUAAGAUCUUAAUUUAACAUGUAUUUAUUUCUGUCAAGAAACCCUCCCUUGCCUGUUUGGAUAAAUGGAAUAAUGACUAAUGUGAGCUAACUAUUUAACACUUUUACAGAACUACUUGUGAUACACAGUAUCUGAACAGCAUUCAGCUUGGGAAAAGCAGUCGUUCCCUUGUUGUAUGUGGUCCUCCACAUCACAAGCCGCCUCCUUCACCAUGGUGACCUUUGCACUCUUACUUACCGGGAACCUGUGUCCAAUCAGCAGCUGCUUCAGCAGCUGCUUCAGCUCUCACUUGUCCAGGGCAUGAAAAGGACAUGCAAGACCAGUGUUUCUCCCCCAGUCCUCAGGGAACCUCCAGACAGUCCACGUAUUUGUUCCAGGAGCUAGAAGGGAACAAAAAUUUGAACCAUCUGGGGGUCCCCAAGAACCGGGUUGGGAACCACUGGUCUAGGUGUAGGUUAGUUUACCUGUAAAUAAAAGCAUGUGUACACUGGACAAAUUCAUUGUCUGAGCCCUUGUAGAGUAGUGGAAGGGCUUUUUGCUUUUCUCUUUAGUGCUUCAAUGUUUACAUGUCAUGCCAGACAGACCUUAAAGUAGGCAGAACCUUUUCACCUAGAAUAUAUGAGCCUCAUUUUCAAAUGUUACCAAAUUGCCCUUUGUCUUUGUCCUCUUUCACCCUAGCUGCUUCCAGGACAAAGUCAUCAGUGGCCUCAGCCUGCAUGACUACAAUCAUGAUGCUGACAAUAGUUGUAUCAGUCGUCUUCUUGUAGUGGCUGCCCACAUCCUGGGUAACUUUAUUACCUUAUUUUUAUACACAAUCUGUGUUCCCGGUUACUAAACAUUUAUUUCUGGAGUAAUUGGGAUGAAGUACCUUAUGUUAACAUAUUUUGCCAGUGACAUAAUCCAUUGUUUCUACCAAGACUGAAAGUGUUAUUUUAAAUAUAAUUUUAAAUGCUCAAAAAAUGUAUAAAUAUAUACAAACGCUCCUCUACUUACAAACUUUGACAUACGAACGAAGAGGACUGCAAGUCCAAAUUGUGUUCC